AUGAGUUAUAAUAAUUCGUCUCCAAAUAGAAAUCCACAGUAUGACUAGUGGAGUAGCUAAAAUUAUCAGUAAUUACCGAAUCAGAGACAAGCCUUUCCUCAAGUUAACCAGCAAAACAUCGCCCAAGGAAUUCCUAUGAAUAGCAGCAAAAAUGAAAACCCAUUAUAAUGUAAGGUUGUGCCAAUUAUGUCAACUCCAAACCCUGACUAAAAUAUUCAGAGGUAACACGAAUAGAAUACUUUCAAUAAUAAUUAAACCCCAAACAAUUUCGAUUAGGAAAACAAGCCACUGCUGAACAAUAAUAACCAGAAUAAUGUAUACUAAUAAAUGCAGAUGCAACAAUAGUAGCAGUAGUAGAAUCCAUACCCCUCUCUUUACAGUCCAUUCCAGUAAAUCCCUAGCCAACCUCAAUAAAAUAAUGCUCCAUUUUAUGCACCCUUCGAUAUUGAAAUUAAAAAAUAGAGUAUUAUCAACACUGCAAACUAUAAGGUCAAAAGAUCAGGUAAAUGUCUACAAUUCUGGUCGAUAAUCUUUAUGUUCUUUAAUACUCUAGCUCUGCUAAUGAGUAUCUACUACUUAUUUACCUUAGAUUCAUGGCACUCCUUCACUUUAUUAGAUGACUCGGGUGUUUCUUAUACUAUUAGGUUGACAUCAGGGGGGUUGUUAGUACUGCUUAUAAUUAAAACCGCUAUAAAUCUAGUUAUUCUCAAAGCCUCAAAAUCAACUUUUUAGUUAGUCACUCCAAUUAUGAGGGAUAUCAAGCAGUAAGAGCUGGCUUAAGUUAUGCAAGCUUCUCCUUUUAAUGCAAAUAACUAAGAGGUUCAAACUCCAAAUUACAAGCAUUCUAUUUCUAUCGAGAUAUUUUAGAAAAAGUAUCAAAAGCUGGCUAUAAUUUGUGUAGUUCUUUUGACAAUUGGUUGUUUGAUAGGAAGAUUACUCUACAUCGAAGCUGCUGAGAGAUUUAUUCAUGAUUACUACAAAGGACAAGGGAUGAAUAGAUACAACCCUACUAGCUACAAUGAUAAACCUCACAGUGAGGAACACUAAGAAAAGCAUCAUCACAGAUACUAUUCAGAGCUCUCUAUAUUAGAUGAGAAUAAUUUAGUCCCUCAAACAGCCGAUUCUCAUUCUGAAUAAAAAGAUGAUUUACCUAAUCUUGAUAACCUAUAACUAUCUGAACUUCAUCACAAAAGUGGUGAAAGAAAUAAAGAUCACGAUUGUACUAGCAAUGAGACAUAUGACUGUAACCAUACUAUUUGCAAUGAGACAACAGAAAACUGCACUCAUAACAAAUCAAGUGGCCGCUCUCCGAAUGAAAAAUCUCAUGACUCUGGCGACCACAGUGAUAAAGAUGGUAAAAAGUUGAAACUCAAGGGUAUCAAUAGGCUAUACAAGGACGAAGAAGAUGGAUGCUAUAUUACCAAUCUGAAUAAGAAGACAACAACUGAAUAGCAGGCUAAAGAUCUAGCUAGAAACUAUAUCAACUCAGGCUCGAUAGCUUACUUUGGCUGGAUAAUGUUCUUAUUCCUAGUUUGUGGAGGAGGAAUGUACUAUGGACUAAUAGUAGUUUGGAAUAAUCAGAAAAUCAGAGAGUAAUACUACGAGACAAUUGUUGAAAACUAAAGUGUCAUGUAGGUAUAAUAGCUAGGCUACUAUGCACCAGGACCUAAUCCAUAUCUCAACAGUCAAUCUGCACCAGUUCAAUUCAAUGGCUCACAGCAGCAAUGA